UUAAAACCAGAUAAGCCAUUGCACUGCGCUGCUUUCCAUCCCCCCUCUCCAUCUCCUUCCUUCCUUUCCCAGCAUCUUCUCCCCUAGUAUUCUCCGUUCAACGGAGCAACUAUAUUGAUCAUCCCUUCCUUUUCGUGUCACCAUUCUCUUGCGUUCCUUCCCUGGAUUUUUAUUCUCGAUUCUACUCUGACUCUGCAGAAACUUGAACAGAAAUAUAUGGCGUCUUUGGAAUCAAUUGUGGAUCCUAUUGGUUCAGAUACGUACCAAGAAGGCAAUCAGAGAAAGCGUAGGAAAAUCGAGCAUGAUGGCAGCAACGAUCAGAAUUCGCUCGCUCCGAUUCCGUGGAGAUCAGAGGCAGAGCAGCGGAUCUAUUCCUCCAAGCUCGUUGAAGCUCUCCGCCGCGUUCUUCGCCAGAGUUCUUCCGCUGCCAAGCCUCGCCCCGGACGCGAUGUUCGUGAGAUUGCCGACAGGGUUCUGGCAGUGACAGCGAAAGGCAGGACUCGGUGGAGUCGGGCGAUACUGGCCUCUCCUCUCAGCCGGAGAAAGUUCCAGAGGCAGCAUAGGAAGGUGAAGAAGGCGGCGAACGGAUUGAAGAAGCCAGAGGUUAGAAGGGAGAGAAGAAGGCUGCCGGCUGUGCAGAGGAAAGCGCGAGCUCUCAGCCGGUUGGUUCCCGGUUGCCGGAAGGUCUCGUUCCCGAGUCUUCUGGAAGAAACUACUGACUAUAUUUCGGCCUUGGAAAUGCAAGUGCGAGCCAUGACAGCACUCACCGAGCUACUCGGAGGUGGCGCGACGGCUGAUCGGCUCGGGCGGCCUCGACCGUGAAAACGUCGGAGGCGAGUAUGACGACUGCGUCGUUAAGCGCAGGCUUAGGUGUUUCUGCCUUUUUUCCCCUUUAAAUAUAUUGGAUUUUAAAUUUAAAUUCAUGCAUUUUAAUGUGUAUAUGGUUUUCGUUUCCUCCUUUUACUUUUAGAGCUGAGUUCCACCA